AAAAAAAAACUCGAACCCUUCGUGCUCUGUUUGCCGCCGCCAUUGGAGGAGGAGGAGGAGGUGCUGGCGGCGGGGGCGAUGAGGUACACGAGGAAGGAGCUGGAGGUGCUCAGCGGCGCACCGUCGCGGGAGGCGCAGGCGCUGCGGUGGGACGAGGCGCACGCGGCCCUCGCCGCCGCGGGCUUCUCCGGGGACUACGACGGGCUCGUCGCCUCCGACGAGCCGCUGUCCAGGAGGGGGAAGAAGGUCUCCGGGGCCGGGAAGAAGAGGCCCGAGGCGGCGCCGCACCACUUCUCCGAGGUGACGGAGGUGGGUGCCUGGAGGAACGGGGAUUCGGGGGUUCCGUUUGAUGAAGGUGAAGAUGUUGAGUAUGAAGAUGACAGUGAUGAUGAAUAUGAUGGCAUUCUGAAGCCUGCCUUUGCGGUUGAUGGGGAGCCUGAUUUCGAGUCGGGCGAGCCGCUCGACGGUUUCGAGUAUCUUCGGCGUGUCAGGUGGGAAGCUAACCAGAUUCCUAAAGUGAAGGUGGCCAAGAUAGACUUGAGUGCAGCUAGAAAGGAGCAAACACCUUAUAUGCCAGAAAUUCCUGACAUACCGAAGUGUUCACCUGAUUUGUGUGCAUCAAAGGAAUGGGAGGACUCCUUUAUUACAUAUUUUUCAGAUACAAGGCUGGCAUUCCUGGAACUUGACAGCUCUGAUGAACCAUCUGUAUCGGGAGCGGUGAAGAACCCCUGUAAACCCGGCAUAAGCUUCGAGCCGCAGAUUGACCCGACACUGACGAUGAUUCGCAAGAUGGAUGCAGUUUCAAGAGCCGCAACACUGCGCAACUACAUCGGUAUGAUCCAAAGCUUUGAUGCGCUGUCAAGGAACGACUGCCUGUGGCUGUUUGCGCUAUGCGUCGCUGUCGAGCCGCCCUUGGACGCGGAGACAUGCGCGUCGCUGAGGUCGAUGCUGCGCAAGUGCUCAACCAUCCUCGCCACCAAGUCGGAGAUGGACGAUGAAGUCGUGAUGCUGAACAUACUCGUGGCCAUCUCCGGUAGGUACUUCGGGCAGUAUGAGAAGUAGAUAUAGGGAUUUACGUACUUCGAUCAGUUGUAAGCAGCAUUUCCUCUCUUGUGGGGCAAUCCAUCUGGUGAAAACGUUCAACUGGUGCAAAUGUUUAAACUUCUGGCCGCCACAAAUGCCUUGAUUACUUCACAACUGAACGCCCAGUUCAACGUCGUUGGCUGGAUUUUGAAGAGUAAAAUGUAUGGCAGGUGAUUGAGUUA